AUGAUUCAUAAAAAUAUUCAAAAAUUAAUUACUGAUUUGGAUGAUUUAAUUGAUAAUACUAAUACCAAUACUAUAUCUUUAAUGGAAAUUAAUUCUUUAAGCAGAUCAAUAAAUUUAAAUCAAGAUUUGAAUUUGAAUAAUGAAAACCAAGAAAUAGUAAAUUAUAAUAUCACUGAACCAGAUAAUAAAAGUCAAGAAAUAGUAAGUUGUAAUAAUACAAAGUAA